AUGUUUAGAAGGAUUCGCCAUAGAUUUUGUCGGCUCUAUGCAUGUCAAUGGCUAUUCGGAAUAAUAUACGUUCUAGUGAUAGCCCUGGUCGUUCGACACAACAGGCAGCAGUCGGUGCAGUUUUCAAAGAUUUUAAUUUCGAAAGACUGGCGAGCGACGGCAAACAAAGCCCCCAGUGAGCGCACAGACAAUGAUGGGCGAGUAAAGGACUGGGAGGGAGUUAAACGGACCCCUGGAGAAAAUGAUGUCAGAUACCACAUCAUUGAGAAAAUGGAAGAUGCACAGUCAGAUAUCAACGUAACAGAAGGCGAAAUUGCUAACAUUGACGCCAAUUCAAGAAUCAACAGAGGAAAUGUUAAUGUUCAUCUCUGGAGGGGACUGUGCUGUCCCAAAAUAAAUAGCUUAAGACAGUACCCCUUAUUUCCAACUCUACCUAAAGAACGUUUGUUUCGUCACACCAUCAACUCUGGUCCGUCGGGGACCUGGUACGGGCAAAGAAUUAUGGGAUUCGUGUAUCCUCCUAUCACUGGUAAUUACACUUUUCACUUAAUUGCACAUGUCUUCGCUGAACUAUGGCUUGGCAAGGAACAGAACGCGACGGAUGUUGAAUUGAUCGCAAAAGUUGCAAUAGAAAACAACAAACAUUCUUCAGCCAAGUCUGUAAGCCACACGUCCCGGAAAAUAUAUCUCGAGAGAGAAGGGAAGUAUUUCUUUGAUUUGCUUCACGUGAUGAAUGGAGGAAUGAUGAGUCGUGAUCACGUGAAUGUCACUUGGCUGGUUCCCAGCGGUCAUGCGUUUACCGAAAUUUCUGCUAAGUUUCUCUCACCCCUAUUGCAGGAUGAUCCUUCUUUUUUUAAUCACAGAGAGUUGUCAGAACGCAGUGAUAUGCUACGAGCAUCUCCCAGCGUUAUUGACUCGGAAAUCAAUGAUGCUGACGCUGGGGAAGGCGAUGAGGAUUACGAAGGAAUAGAGAUACCUAGAAAACAAAAACUGUCAAAAAAAUUUACAUCGUAUUUUGGAGAGGAUUUUAACAUCGAAAAUCAUUACGACUCGAUGACUUUUGAUCAACUUCCGGAGGUAUCUCAGGAAAUACUAUCCAUUUUUCCGAGUUGCCCUUACGAACCAAAAUAUGCCCAAAAAAGGACUUUCAAACGUUUUGAAGGAAUUUGGAAAACACAUUUCAGCUCCGUAUUCCCAGAUGACGGCACGAAAGAGUUCAUAUGCAUUGGAAACAGACUGAAAAGAGACUGUCAUGGAAACAGUUUAAUUACUGCGGAUGAAGUACUAGAAAUUGUUCGGACUUUUACAAAGACUAUUCAAGAAAAAUAUCCCAAGAAAUAUGAUUUGAAGGCUAUCGUUAACGUCGAAAAAACCCAAGACAUCUCGCGUGGAAGUCGAUAUUUGCUCGAGCUCAUUUUCCGAGAAAGGGCUCGGAACAAGGUCGUAAAACUAUCCGAAUAUGUGUACAAAUUCAACAACAGUUCCAGACUUUGUACGCCAGCGGGAAUUUCUUGGAAUAGGAACGUGACAGUAAAUGUAAUUCUGACCGUAAAGAACCAAGGAAACUGGGCCCAACACUUCAUUAACGAGAUGUCCCGGAUUUCAGAAGAGACGCGUGAAGAUCACGUGAACAUAAUAGUGGUGGAUUAUGAGAGUAAGGACAUCAAUAUAGAGGAGUCUUUGAGGCAAAGUUCGUUGACAAACUACAAAGUCCUGAAGCGCACUGGCGCGUUCCACAAAACAGAAGCCAUUCAGUCAGCGGUCAGUACCAUUACAGAUCCACACAGCAUUGUGCUGUUGUUUGAUCUUCAUCUUCUCACACCGAGCACAUUCUUUAGCGUUAUCAGAAAGCACACAGUAGAGGGAAGGAUGGCGUUCACCCCAGUCCUCUUCAGGUUAACCUUCUGUGGAAGACCGCUGACGACGACAACACAAUCCAAAGGCUACUGGGAAACAUUUGGAUUUGGAAUAUUCAGUAUCUUCAAGUCGGACUGGGACAGGUUUGGAGGGAUGAACGUCCAGGACUUCCGAGACAAAUGGGGCGGGGAAGAUUGGGAAAUGAUUGACAGAGUACUGGCUGUGGGGCUAGAAGUCGAGCGAUUGCGCUUGCCCGGGUUCUAUCACUUUUAUCACUCGAAAGAUGGAAUGUGGGACAAAAGCUCGUAA